CUCAUUGUACGUUGUGCAAGUCCAUGCAACACACACACACAGCACCCUGGUUAUCUGCAGUGUGAUUCAGCUGGUAACGGAUCACAGCAGGUGUACCAACUGACCACAUUCUGGCACAAGCGGGACACACGAUAUCUGAAACUACAGAACGCCAGAAGACCCAGGGCAGAGGACAGCUCAGGAAGUCAGGAGGACUGGUGACUACCUGAAAGCAUGUGCUCCUGGAUCCACAUUUCUGUGUUUACCCUUCUUCUUGGCUUCUGCUCAUCCGAUACGGAUCCUGCCCCUGAUCUGAGGUCUGUUUUACCAUCCACACUAAGCUCCAAGAAUAACGCCAUCUAUGGCAUCGUUUUUGAUGCCGGCAGUACUGGGACUCGAAUUCACAUCUACACCUUUCACCAAAGAGCUGCAGGUUCUCCUCUGGAGCUGGAUGGAGAAAUCUUUGAGUCGGUAAAGCCGGGUCUCUCUGCUUAUGCCAAUCAGCCUGAGAAGGGUGCAGAAGCUGUGCGUUCCUUACUUCAACUGGCACAAGACGCUGUCCCAUCUUCUCACUGGCAGAAAACUCCUCUGAUACUGAAAGCUACUGCCGGCUUCCGACUGCUUCCUGUACACCAGGCUGAAGGCCUGCUCUCCGAGGUGAGGAAAGUCUUCAACUCGUCUCCUUUUCUAGUACCGGAAAACAGCGUCGCCAUUCUGGAUGGAACUGACGAAGGAAUAUUAGCCUGGAUCAGUGUAAACUUUCUCACAGGUCGGUUACAUGGAGAUCGUAGUGUGGGCACUUUGGAUUUGGGUGGAGCAUCUACACAGAUCACCUUCCUUCCUCUUAAUAGAGCUACUUUAGAUGAGACUCCACGGGAGUCGUUGGCUUCCUUUGAGCUGUUCAAUAGCACAUAUCGCCUCUACACACGUAGUUAUCUGGGUCUCGGUCUGAAGGAGGCUCGUCUUGCAGUUCUUGGCGCUUCGGUGUCUGUAGCCCAGCAGAAGCAGACCUUUCACAGCCAUUGUUUUCCCCCAGACCUGAAUGGAUCAUGGGUAUUUGAUAGUGUAACCUACAGAUAUGGAGGACAGUCUGAUGGUCUCUCUGGAUUUAAUUUAUGUUACUCGGAGGUUCGUCGUAUUGUAGAAGGAAAGCUGCACCAGGUGGAUGAGAUCCGACACAGCCCAUUCUAUGCCUUCUCAUACUACUAUGACCGCGCUGUGGACAGCAGCCUGAUUGAUUUGGAGAACGGCGGUGUGCUGGAAGUCCGGGACUUUGCCCAAAAAGCAAGAGAAGUGUGUGAUCACAUGACCAGCGACUCCUCCCACAGCCACUUCCUGUGUAUGGAUCUGACCUACAUCACUGCUCUGCUCAGGGAAGGCUUCGGCUUCGAGGACGGGACUGUCUUGCAGCUAAGCAAAAAAGUGCGAAAUGUGGAGAUGAGUUGGACGCUGGGAGCCGCUUUCCACGUGUUACAGUCCCUGUUAGUGUUGUAGUAGCGCCAGCAGCAAUAUCACAACCCAGUGCCUUAUCAUGAGUCUUAUUGCACACCUCGGAAUUUAGCCCAAAAACUGUGUUUUCUAAUGAAGGGAGGAGAGAGCUCGUCGUAAUUGUAUAUUCUUCUCUUAUCCAUGUCCUAAUCUAGAAUAAUAUGCAAUUUGCACUGACCAUCUCUAACCAGCUGCUCUUUAUUGCAGCACUGAUAUUUAUAUAUUUAAUUUUAUAAAAUGAAAUGAUGACA